AGUGAUGCCAAAUGAAGGAAGCCUAAAUGGAGGAACAAGCCUUACGAUUCAAGGAGAAGGAUUUGCCCAAGAAACCCAAUUCAGCCUCAGCAGUGACAGUAAUGACCUUGGGAACAAUGUCCAGCUGGUGUCCGACACAAGAUCUUUUCCCUGUGAUGUGCAAAAGGCCUCCAGCCAUAGCAGACUAAUACUUUGCUACACCAGAGCAAUGCCGGAGGAUGGUUACGUGGUGCGCGUCAGUGUGGAUGGCGUGCCGGUUCCUGAAGAAAACAUCUGCUAUGGGGACAGCAGAUCUUACUGGUGUUCCUUCCAUGCUAGACUCUCCAACACUCCUACAGUCAAUAGCCUUCUGUCAAUUUCUGGUUUACCAGGGACCCUAAUUACAAUGGAAGGAAACAUCUUUACGGACAUGUAUGGGACGAAUUGGCUCAGAAGUUCAAAUGGCCUGAACGUCUGGUUCUUGAGGUCUUACAUGGGAGGGAUGCCUUGUGAGCUUCUGAAAGCCAACUCCGAUCUCCCGUUUGAGCUCAGGAUAAAUUGGUAUACCUAUGGAAGAAUGUCUUGCAAAAUGACUGGGAAAUAUGUUGGGCAUCACAACCUUACCUUCAUUAUUAGUGGUGAAUAUGGAAGGAGUUUAGGUGAUCGCGCAGUUUAUUCUGUUUCAUCAUUGAACAAGCUGGCUAUGUUCCAGACAUAUGCUGAGGUAUCUGGGAUUUCUCCAGCAGUGGGAAGCCUAGAAGGUGGAACUGUUCUGACUAUUUCUGGAAACUUCUUUGACCAAACAGAUUAUCCUGCCACAGUUCUUAUUGCAGGGAUGAAAUGUGACAUUCAGAGCUUAUUCGACCAUAGAAUUACAUGCAAGAGUCCCAAGUUCCAGCAACAGAAUGCAACAAUCUUUCCAGGUGGUAGGGGUGUGAAAAUGGAGAUGUGGACCAACACCAGCCCAGCUAGGCUAGAGGAGGCGCUGAGCUACAAUGAGAAUACGUCGGGAUACUCCACAAACUGGACGGACUCACUAUCCUACACCUGGCAACAAGAAAUAGAUUACUUUGUUGGAAGACUGAGCGGAUUCUUUGUUCCAACUGAGACAGACAACUACACCUUCUACAUCAAGGGAGAUGACCGCACAGCUCUCUACUUCAGCCAUACUGGGAACCCUCAAGAUAAGGUGAAGAUUGCCUACACAGAUUUUCAAACAGUCAGCUUUUUCGCAUUCAGCACACAGAAAUCCGACAGCAUUCAUCUAGAAGCAGGAAAACCGUACUAUGUAGAAGCCCUUUUGCAGGAAUAUUCAUGGGUUGCUUCGGUGGAUGUUGGCCUCUUUAAGGAAAAGAGCAUUUUCACAUCACAGCAAACAGCAGAAGCUAUCAAUGAAGUCCAAGUUAUCCGAGCCACCUCUGACAUUGUGGAAGAAAGACAAGUGCUCACCUUUGAAAACUGGACCGUUGCACAACCAAUCAGUGAGGUUCAGAGUGUGAAUAUCAGCAGUAGAUGUUUUGAGCUGGACACCUGUGAGAGCACUUACUACAUACUCAUCUACAACUCUGAGAAAACAGGCAAGAUUCCUAUUGCUGUGAGUGCCUCAGCAGUAGAAGUGCAGAACGCCCUAAACAGUCUGUGGUCGAUAAAGCCAGACAUGGUCCAGGUGUUAAAAGUGGACGACAGUGAAAGGUCUAUUUACCACGUGACUUUCAACUCAAAAAGAGGUGCUUUCCAGAGCAUUAAUUAUGAAACUCCUGAGUUGGAUGUCAGCAUUACAGUGACCGAGCUCACCAAAGGAAAGCCCAGCCUGGAAACUUUCACUCUGCAGUGGGGCGGCAUCUUAUCCAGACCAAUUAACAUCAGUGCACCUGAGUCAGAGGUAGUGGCUUCCAUUCCCCCAGCAGAACUAAAUGCCAGUGUCCGUCUUCAGUGCCUUGAAGGAGACAUGUGUGUCCUUCCUCUGAAGGUGCAGUCAGCAGUGGAGGCCAUGUUGAUGGCAGAUUGUGCCAAAAAGAUCUUGCCUGUGGAGAACAAUGAAGUGGCAUUUUUCAAAGACUACGAGGUUCCUGAUUCAGUGAAUGGGAUACGUGUCUUUGAUACAGAGGCGUUCUGUGGCAAAUACUCACUUAUGAACCCCGAUUACUUGUUCCUGUAUUACAAUACAAAGAACACGGGGAGCCCCUAUGGAUCUGUCUCACUGAAGAGGUACAGCACGCUCUGCUUUGCCUACAAAGGACAGCUGAAAAGGGAGAUUGGAGUAGAGUUUACAUAUGUAAACAGCAAUGGCCAAAACCAGUUAAUAUAUAUGCUCCCAGCAGACAUUCAAGGAGGGGAAACAUGGAAUUACAUCUGUGUUGACUUGCUGAGCCCACUGCAAAUGGCAUACCCAGGGAGCGACUACAACCUUAUCAGCCUACGUCUGUUCAGUGAAGGAGCCAAUCAGAAUUUCUAUGUGGAUGUUGUUUACAUUGGGAAAAGGCCGCUAGUGUCAGAUAGCAAUGCUGUUACAGCAAUGCGAAGACCUCCAGCUUUGGCUCGCCAGGGCCUUUUCCUCCAGUGGGUAUCAGUGCACAAACUCCAGAGCAUGCAAACCUCACAUAUAAGCUAUGAGAUCACAGCUGCUCCCUUCAACUGUGGCCAUAACGUUCCCCUACUAGCUGCUGAGUUCCUCCAGGUCACCAAUCACAGUGAAGAUAUGGCUAAAUUUGAGGAUGGAAAUGCAAGUGUCACUGUGACCAGACUUUCAAGGGCAAGCCCUCCACUGUCAGGAACUUUUGACUUGGAGAUCAAUGGCAAUCGCUUGCAAGGUCUGGCUGUCGACGUGACGGCAGAGGACCUCAGGUAUGCAAUGCAGGGGGUACCAGCGGCUGGACAGCUGCAAGUGACUCAUUCUGGAAGCUGCCAUAGCUAUGACUGGCAGGUGGAAUGGCGGUCCAACCCGGGGAGCCAGCCACUCAUUCAGAUCAACAGUUCAUCUGUUAAGGGAGUUAAUCCCAAAGUUACAGCAUUUGUUCAGACUAAAGGAGGCUUAUUCAAAUCAAGGAUUAUGGGAGACUUUUUGAGAGUGCCGGAAGACAGACCCCAGGUACAAGUCUUGAUCAACAGAAUUCCAUCAAAAUGCUCCGGUGACUGUGGGUUUGAGUGGCUGGACUCAAACACACCAAAAAUGACAGGGAUCAGUCCCGGUGAAGGUUCUUAUGCUCUAGGCACCAUCAUCACCAUUUCUGGGUCAGGAUUUGCCAGUGAAAAUGUCACAGUAUUGGUGGGAGAUGUGGAAUGUUCUGUUCUGCAUUUGAGCAGCGUUAUGCUGACCUGCAAAGUUGGCCAAGCCAGUGCAGGAACGCACCCUGUCUUCCUGAGCUUCUCCUCCCUGGGCAAUGCACAGCACAUAGGAAGGAACUCAUUCAAUUUUACCAAUCAGAUGGGAGUCUCCUCCAUCUCACCAUCUUCCGGGAGUAUAGAAGGGGGCACACUGCUUACUGUGUUGGGCUUUGGAUUUGCUGAGGGAAUCGUCGUCAUGAUUGGCACAAGAAGUUGCACUGUUGUCUCAGUCUUCCUGGAACAGCUGAUGUGCAUAACACCACCGGGGGCAGCUGGGACCCUUCCCGUGUCUUUGCAAAUGGAGGGAGGUACUGUGCUUUUAAAUGAAUCCUUCACCUAUGAUGAAACACUGAUUCCAUUGAUGACGGACUUGUGGCCACGAACAGUCAAUGUGACAGGACAUCAAAUACUCACUAUCCUGGGUGUGAAAUUUCAAGACCAAGGCAACCACAGUAGGGUCCUUAUCGGGGCUGAGGAAUGCCGAAUCAUCCACUGGUUCUCCAGCAACAUCACCUGCCUUCUGCCCCAGCUUCCUCCUGCCCUCUACAGCGUGCAAGUCCAAACUGAGAGUUGGGGCUGUGCUAAGGCGAGCAUGAAAGAGAAUGCCACCAUUGAGUAUGUGCUGAAGGUGACAAGCAUCCACCCAACACAGGGCUCUCUGUAUGGGGGCACAAGGCUCACAGUGACUGGUUCCGGGUUCAGUUCCAACAUAUCUCAGAACCUGGUCUCACUGGGAGAUGUCAGGUGUGAAGUCAUCUCAGCUUCAGAACACAACAUAGAGUGCAUCGUACAGUCAAGUGAAAAAACCUACACUGUGACAAAUAAGGGAAUCCAUCCUGAUUAUGGGAUAGGGUACAUGUGGAGUCCCUCUUCCAUGACUGCUCAAGUUGGCGACACUGUGGUCUGGCGCUGGGAGGUGCCCCCUUUCAUCUCUGGAGUCGGUUACAGGGUUUUCAGUGUCUCCAGUCCCAGCAGCACCAGUUAUGAUGGUGCGGGCUUCACCAGUGGGGACAUCAAAACGAAGUCUGGGUUCUUUAGCUACCGUUUCACAGCUCCUGGUACCUACUACUACAGCAGUGGCUACGUCGAUGUAGGAAUGCAGAGGUUCAUGCAAGGUGUGGUAAAAGUUCAGUCUCUGCAGGACAGAGACAGCAGGCUGAACCUUACCGUGGGAGGAUUUGAGGCUAAUUAUCAGCCAGACUAUCAGCUCUCUAAUGAGUCAACAUCUGAGCGCACCUCAGAGCCUCAGUGCUUCCAAAAUGUGGAUCUCACCAGUGGAUUCUACUUUAGCUUCCUGGCAUGUGUCUCACCUUCUGUCAGCUGCAUCAUGCCUAACAAUGGCACAGGUGACACUAUCAUCCACAUCGAAGGCAGUGGCUUCAGCAACACCAGCUGUGCUAAUGAGGUUAAUAUCGGGGACCGGACUUGUCAUGUGAUAAAUAGCACCACAACAUAUAUCAACUGUCAGCUUGGCUCUGAGAGCGGCCUGGAAGUUGGGAUUGCCCAUCCUGUUUCAGUGCAGGUGAAUAACUUGGGCAUGGCAAUCACAUCGAUGAUCGGCGAGUUCGGUCGACGAUUUGUCGUCCUGCCUGUGAUGAAAUCUGUAACACCCAAAGCCGGAGGCACCACUGGACAAACCCGCAUCAUUAUCUGGGGCUCAGGGUUCUUGGCUGGCCUGGUACCCACAGUCAGUGUGGUGGGUGAGCCCUGUACCAUCUUCUCCAUGAACUACACUACCAUCAUCUGUGACACCUCCUCUGCUUCCGCACUUACUGGAGAUGUUGAGGUCAUGGUGGGGCCCAUCACUGCUUCCUGCCUUGGUGACUGUCAGUAUGAGUACUCUCCACAGUUCGUCCCCCGCAUCACCGGUGUCUCCCCAAGCAACAUCAGUGGGAACUUCACCACUAUCACUGUCAUGGGUGCAGGGUUUGGAGACCGGGUGGAUGAUGUGGUUGCCUAUGCAGGUUACACAGCCUUGGAGGUUUUGGAGGUCACAGACAGUAACAUAACCCUCAUGGUAGACUCACUGCCUGCUGGCCAUCAUAUCCUAAGGGUAGUGAUCCUGACCAAGGGCCUGGCCGAAGGUGACGUCACUCUCAGCAGCCUUGCCAUCGCUACACUCAGCCCAGUCACUGGCAGCACCCAGGGUGGCACACCCCUCCUAAUCACAGGCAAUGGCUUUUUGGAGGGGAACACCUCUGUAACUGUGGGGGGGUCGCUGUGCUUGCCUCAAAGUGUGAGGCCUAACGAAGUGCGCUGUCUGACAGCUGCCAAUGCGGAGGGCAGCGUACAAGUGAGGAUACAAGUUCUAUCUGUGAUGUACCCAACUAUGACUUUCAAAUAUUCAUUGAACGACACCCCGAUCAUCACAGCAGUGAACCCUGCCACAGGUCACCGUGGGACAGCUAUAACUAUUGCAGGGUCAGGAUUUGGCACAGAUGCCCAGCUGGUUGAAGUUAGCAUAGGUGGUACACGAUGCAGUGUGACUGCUAUCAAUGAUACCACUGUCCAGUGCACUGUAGGAGCACAUGCUGGAGGAACUUUUCGCAUAGUGUUCCACCACAAAAUCAAAGGCUAUGCUUCAUCUUUGGUCGAUUUCAGCUAUGAGUUCCUGGUGAAUGAUGUUGAACCUCAUGCAGGGGGACAUGGUGGUGGUAACAUAUUGACUGUUCAAGGAACUGGAUUUGACCCUGACUUCUCCAGAGUGAUGGUCUGUGGCAGGGAAUGCAAGGUGCAGAGACUAAGGUCCACAUUCACCAGCCUGUAUUGUGAGAUUCCUGAAAGCAACAGUACAGCACUACAACAAUUUUGCACAGUCGAGGUGCAGAAUGGCAACAGCUCAGUGAAAAUAGUGGAUGCCUUCUCCUACAACACCAGUCUUACACCGUUUAUAACAACAGUCUCCCCUCAUAGAGGAGGAACUGCUGGAGGCACAAAGCUCACAAUCACCGGUUCCAAUUUCAGCAUGAACAUCAGUGAGGUAAGCGUGACCAUUGCUGGAUCUGUGUGUGACGUUGAGUCUACCAACAGCACCCACAUCAUCUGCAUCACAAAUGCUCAGCCACAGUCCCAGAAAGCCAUGGUCCGCAUCAGCAUUGGGAACAGAGGCAUUGCAAAGACGGGCAAUGCCGAUUUCUUUUACAUUGAUGUCUGGUCCUCCGCGUAUACAUGGGGAGGCCAGUCUCCCCCAGAAACAGGCAUGUUUGUAGUCAUUACAAAGGGUCAGACCAUCCUGCUGGAUAUGAGUACCCCUGUCCUGAAGAUGCUCCUGAUUCAGGGUGGGACCCUGGUGUUUGAUGAAAUAGAUAUUGAGCUACAAGCAGAGAAUAUCCUGCUAACAGAUGGAGGAGUCCUUCAGAUAGGCACGGAGGCUGCACCGUUCCAGCACAAGGCCAUUAUCACGCUGCAUGGGCACCUGCGCUCUCAGGAGCUGCCCAUCUAUGGCAGCAAGACCCUGGGGGUCCGCCAGGGAGUACUGGACCUGCAUGGUAUUCCAAUUCCCACCACUUGGACGCAUUUGAAUGAGACGGCUCCCGCUGGCUCUUCCACUCUGACUCUGAAGCAGGCAGUGACAUGGAAAGCUGGGGACCAGAUUGCCAUUGCUUCAACUGGUGACAGGCACAGCCAGAUGGAAAAUGAGAUGCUAACAAUAGCCUCGGUGUUGGACAAUGGAAGGACCCUGAACCUAUCGCAGCCUCUUAAGUACACUCACCUCGGGGUGAGCGUCACACUACCCAAUGGAAAGGUGUUUGAGGGGAGGGCUGAAGUGGGCCUCCUCACCAGAAACAUUGUCAUCAGAGGCUCCAACAACAUCGAAUGGAAUGAUAAGAUAGAGGCCUGUCCAGAUGGAUUUGACAUAGGGGAAUUUGCAACCCAGACCUGCUUCCAAGGAAGGUUUGGGGAAGAAAUAGGAAGUGACCAGUUUGGGGGCUGCAUUAUGUUCCAUGCCCCAAAGCCAGACCAGAAUUUGGCAAUUGGAAGACUUGAGUAUGUUGAGGUCUUUCAUGUUGGCCAAGCAUUCCAGCUCGGGCGAAGCCCCAUCCAUUGGCACCUGGUGGGAGAUGUUCAUCAAAAAUCAUACAUUCGUGGCUGUUCCAUUCACCAGGCUUAUAACCGGGCUAUCUCCAUCCAAAAUACCCACAAUCUGUUAGUAGAGCACAAUGUCAUCUAUGACAUUAUGGGAGGAGGCUUCUUCAUCGAGGAUGGCAUAGAGACUGGUAACAUCCUGCAGUAUAACCUGGCUGUGUUUGUCAAGCAAAGCACCAGCCUGCUCAAUGACGACAUCACCCCAGCCGCUUAUUGGGUCACUAACCCCAACAACAUUAUCAGGCACAAUGCUGCUGCUGGUGGAACCCACUUUGGAUUCUGGUAUCGAAUGCAUGAUAACCCCGAUACCCCAUCAUAUAACCCCAAUAUCUGUCCAAAGAGAGUGCCACUUGGAGAGUUCUUCAACAAUACUGUCCACUCCCAAGGCUGGUUUGGCCUCUGGAUCUUUGAGGAGUACUACCCUACUAGGUAUGGCAUGUGCUAUUCAUCAGAUCCACAGCCUGCCCUUUUCAGAUCACUGACUACUUGGAACUGUGAGAAGGGAGCAGAGUGGGUAAAUGUGGGUGCAGUUCAAUUCAGUGAUUUUAUGAUGGUCAACAAUGAGGUAGCUGGAAUUGAGUGCAAGCGCAUCAUGCCCUGGACUAUCAGAGGCUGGGGAAAGGACGGUGGGGCAUUGGUGAUGAACAGCACUAUUGUGGGCCACGUCGAUGUGCUGGGUCUCGGCUCUAAAUAUUGCACUGCUCAAGGGAUCACCCUGCCAUUGGACGAUGGCAUGAGCGUCAUGUCCACAGCUUUUGUGAACUUUGACCGCCCGUCCUGCGCUGCCAUCGCAGUGGCAAUAGUUACUGGAGUCUGCACUGACCACUGCGGAGGCUGGAGUUCCAGGUUCAGUGGAAUCCAGUUCCACACCUGUCCCAAAAAGGCGGCCUUCAAGUGGGAGCAUGAGGUGGCCCUCAUCGACAUGGAUGGCUCUCUCACAGGAAGCACUGGUCACACGGUUGUGCCGCACAGUGCUCUACUGGACCCAGACCACUGCGCAGUCUCAGUGGAGUGGAGUGCUGCCUAUCAGGCAUCUGUGUGUGAUGAAACGGUCAGAUUCCACCGGCUCAUCAUCACUUACCCACAGCCUUACUCUCUCUGGUAUAAGGAGCUCAUACUUACCAACUCGUUUGGAAAAUCCUCACUCACGUUUCUGACAUACAUGGUCACCCACUAUUGGGGUUGGCUGGCAAUGCUUCCUGACUCAGAAACGUAUAACUGCUACUUUAAAGAUGCAGAUUACAUCACAUACAUAUCAUAUGGUGCUAUGUUCUAUGGGUUCAAGGAAGAAGAUUACAUCAUCAUCAAUCAUAAUCUGACCCAAAUCCCCGACAGGUUCCAGAUUGUUGAUAAGAGAAAUGCUUCAGUGCUUCCUUUGAAUUUCAGCAGAAAUGUACAUGGUGACUGGUACUUCAAUGAGACCACAAAGAGUCUCUACUACAUGGUGUCUGGAAAGGGGGCACCCAAAUGGAGGAGUGGCAGUGCUGACCCACAAGUAGCAGACAUCCAAGUCAACUUCCAAGUGGAGCACUGUUUCUACAAGGGCUGUGUGGCACCGAGUCCUGGCAUCCCUGGCAUCCCUGGCUCCCCUGGCAUCCCCCUUCCUCCAGGGCUCGACCAUCAACAAUCUUCCAAAUCUAACCUCGUCCUGUGGUCCAAUGAAACUUUCUGGAAGUCAUCUCCAGAAAACAAUUUCAAAGUUCCAACUGAUGGAGACGAUGUUGUUAUUCCUUCAGCCAUUUGGAUGGUCAUGGAUAUCGACAUCCCAUCACUGAACAAAAUUUUGGUGCUUGGAGUUCUGGAAAUCCCUGACACAAUGAACAAAACACUGAACCCAGGAGGACAGUAUAGAAAUUUGAUUAUUAAUGUGACCUACAUCUCUAUUCAGGGUGGACGGCUCAUUGCAGGGUGGCCAGACAAUCCAUUUAAGGGAGAACUGAGCAUAGUCCUUAAAGGGAAUCACUUUACUCCAGAGUGGCCUUUACCCAGUGACCUAAAUCAGGGAGCCAAGGUGAUAGGUGUGUUUGGGAUCUUGGACUUGUAUGGAAAGCCCCACAAUAUGUCCCGUACCAAGCUGGCCAGCACGGCACCAGCAGGUUCCAGCACCAUCACUCUGCAGGAUGCUGUGGACUGGCAGGCAGGUGAUGAGAUUGUCAUCUCAACCACCAGCUACAACCCAUGGCACACAGAGGUCCGGAAGAUUUUGUCGAUUUCAGCCACUGGGAAGAUACUAACACUCAACCAAUCCCUUUUCUACAAUCAUAGUGGUGAAAACUUCACUGUUUAUGAAACUAAGCAGAACUACACUCUGGCUGGGGAUGUAGGCCUGCUGAGCAGGAACAUCAAGAUCAUCGGUGAGGAACAUCCAGGCUGGGCCAAGGAGUCAUUUGGAGGCAGAGUGCUGGUUGGCUCUUUCUCCAGUGGAGGGAUCACAUACAGAGGGCAAGCACAGAUUAGGAAUGUUGAGUUCUACCGAAGUGGACAGUAUGGCUACCCAGACCCCGAAGACCCUCGCUACUCUGUGGCUUUCCUCAACCUGGGAGAGGUGGCUGCGAAUGAGUCCUACAUCCAGGGCUGUUCCUUCCAUCACGGCUAUUCUCCUGCUAUUGGUGUGUUUGGAACCAAUGGCUUAGGCAUUGAUGACAACAUCAUCUAUUUCACAGUUGGAGAAGGCAUUCGAGUAUGGGGUAAACACUGCAGGGUUCGGAGGAACCUGGUAACGAUGUCCGUGUGGCCUGGAACCUAUCAGGACAGAGGAGAGGAGACUAACUUCAACUGGAAUGCUGCUAUUGAGGUAAACGAAGGCACGCAUGUGGUUCUCCAAGAUAACAUUGUGGCUGGUUAUGAGAGAGUGGCAUAUCGCAUCAACGGAGAACCUUGCCCAGGCACGCCAAAUGCAGUGGAGACUUGGCAGCAGAAUGAAGCUCAUGGAGGCCUUUAUGGAGUAUACAUGAACAAAGAUGGGCUACCUUUCUGUUCCCUCAUUCAGAAUUUCUUUGUGUGGAGAAGCUUUGACUACGGCAUUUAUGUUCAGGCUUCCAUGACUGUCCUGAUCUCCAAUGUCACACUGGUGGACAACGGAAUGGGAGUUAUGUCCAUCAUCUACUCACCUCCAUCUGUCUCACAUGAGUAUUCCAACAAAAAAGUUCUUAUUCAGCAUGCGCUGAUUGUUGGCAGUAGCCCUAGUCUGGACUGCUCAGAGAUUCUUCCAUCCACUGACGCUAAUGUCCAGUUUAGCUCCGAACACAGAGCUCCCAGACCAAACAACGGUGGAAGGAGUGGAAUCUGCUGGCCAACUUUUGAAUCAGAUCACAAUCAUGCACCUGAGGAACCUCAUCAUGGAAUCACGAGCUACAACGCUAUCAGUGGGCUCAUGACAGUUACUGAUACGGUGUUUGUGGGAUUUGGAAGCACUUGCUCUAAGCAAACAUCUGUUAUCUUCAUGACCAACCCAAAGAAUGAAGAUAUGCAGCACCCACUUCAGGUUAAGAGGGUGACUGUAGUGGACAGCACAGAGGAUGCAAAAGUGUUCAUCCACAGGCCAGAUGUGAGGAUGGUCAAUCCUGCCAAGUGUCUGGACAUGGACUGUGAUGCCAAGAAGAAAGCUCUGCUCAAGGACCUGGACGGCUCCUUUCUGGGAGCUGUUGGGCACGUAGUGCCACAGUCUGAGUUUGAGUGGAAUGGAGACAAGCGCCGGGGCCUGGGUGAUUACCGAAUCCCCAAAGUCAUGCUCACUUACCUCAAUGGGAGUCGCAUCCCAGUGGACCAAAUUGCCCCCUAUAAAGGAAUCAUCCGAGAUUCUAGCUGCACGUACAUGAAUGCAUGGCAAAGUUACAAAUGCUUUGGCCUGAAUUAUGAGAUGCUGGCGAUUGAGAGUCUUGACUCAGACACAGAGACCAGACGGCUGUCUCCAGUAGCUUUGCUGGGGGAUCGCUAUGUGGACCUACUAAACGGUCCCCAGGACCAUGGCUGGUGUUCAGGCUACACAUGCCGCAGGAGAGUGUCUCUGUUUCACAGCAUUGUGGCCACAAACAAGUCCUUUGAUGUGUUCUUCACUAGCACUUCACCUCAGAAACUGCGUCUGAUGUUGCUCAAUGCCGACAACUCAAGGGCUGUCCGGGUGGCUAUUUUUUACUCCAAACCUCAACGUUUAGAUGUCUAUGUUAACAAAAGUUUGGUUGCUCCUACCAACGCAAUCUGGAACAGUGAUAAAACAGACUUCACUCUUAAGGAGCCCACUUUCAAAGGACAAUUUAUUCCAAAGCUAGAAUCAGAUGCUGCUGGGUCAAACUUCUUCGAGAGUACUUACAAAAUGUUGAACAUCCUGGUGAGAGGCUCCACCCCUGUGGAGAUUCGUACCUCGCCGCUGCUCUUCAUUUCCUUCCAGCUACCUGCCAUGACAGAGGAGGAGUUCUUUGGUGACAAUCUGGUGAAGAACCUGGCCCUGUUCCUAAAGAUCUCUCCUAGUAUGAUUCGGGUCACCAAGGUAGUACGUGAAGGCCAGCAACGGAGACGACGGGCUACUGGCUUGACUGCGGUGGUGGUGAUUAGCCAACCUCCUGUACAACAAGCCACCAACACAACCAAUGAAGCGCAAGCCUACAAGGAUUUGAUGAACAUUGCUAAUAAUUUGGGCCAAGCCUCUGCUUCUGGCAAUCUAAGCAAAUUAAUUGGGAUCAACGUUGGGGCUCUUGGGUUCAUUCCUCCAAAUCCUCCACCUUCUGACCCAACUUGGGCUGAGGUGGCCACUCAGCAAGUCACCAGGGAGGCUCCCACUGCGCUCUUUGUGACCAGAGUGGACUCACUAAAGGUGAUGGUGCAGCCUGAGGCUGGGGAGUUUAAUGGCCCCCUUCUUCAGCAGCCCUCCAUCAUGGCCAUCGAUGUACAGGGAAACUGUGUGUCUUUGGGGAUCACAUCGCUCAUGCUUACAGCAUCACUGAAAAACUCCAGUGGCAGCAACAUAGAGGGACUUAUGGGGAACACAACCAUCCCCUUUGAUGGCUGCUGGGCGAACUACACUGACCUUUCCAUCAGUGCUGAGGGUAUCGGCCUGAAAAUGUACUUUAUUCUGAAUGAAGUGAGCACUGAAUCUAGAUCCUUCAGGGUCGGGACUGGCACUGCAGCUGUUACUGGCACAGCAAGUGUUACUGGCACUGCAAGUCCUUCUGCUAGCCAGUCAUCCACAUUCACUGGAAUACCACUGAUGUUCUCUGCUUUUCUUUUUUGCAUAAAUUUAUUCUUUUCAUCUGUUCUUUUAAGAGUGUAAAUUGUAAUCUAACCCCUGUGGUUAUCUGUGGACCUUUGUAUUAGUCCAAAUUCACUUUCUUUUAAAAUAAUCAAACAUACUACUUUUUGUUUCCACUUUCAAACAACUAUGAGCAGUUUCGUGUUGAGUAAAUAUCUGCUGGAAAAGUAAGAGAGGUUCUUAUAUUUACCCAAAGUUAAUGAUAGAUUUUUAAUUUAAUUCUUAGAAUGAUGCAUUGAUAAAAAAAAAAUA